GCUCCUCUCUCUCUCUCUCUCUCUGUGUGGAAGGAAGCGGAAAUAAACGACGCUAACCUUCUGCUAGCAGCUACCACAGAGACUCCCAGGCAGGACGGUGUAGAAGCAGCCACACAGAUCACACACAUCCAUCGGGUUUGUAGCCUCUCCAGAGGAAGCAGGGAGUGGAUAACUACACGAUCAGGAGGUUUUGUUUGUUACGGUGUGACAGCGAUUGAAACGGAACAUCUCGAGUGGUACCUCACUGUGACCUUUAUGUGAGGUCCAAGCCCUAAAGGAGCGGGUCAUAGACGGGAGGAGAGACUCGGAGGAAAGCAUCUGCCCACAGAAGCCUGGAUACGUGUUUUUAUUUUUUAUUCAGUCCCCUGAAACACACAACUACAACCAAGCAGUUUUCCAGCACGCAACAACGUCAACCACAACCAUAACCAUGGAGGCCAUUGCCAAAUACGAUUUCAAAGCUACUGCUGACGACGAGCUUAGUUUCAAGCGUGGAGAAGUCCUCAAGGUAUUAAAUGAAGAGUGUGAUCAGAACUGGUACAAGGCAGAGCUAAAUGGAAAAGAUGGCUUCAUUCCCAAGAAUUACAUAGAGAUGAAAGCACAUCCGUGGUUCUUCGGGAAGAUUCCCCGGGCCAAAGCAGAGGAGAUGCUAAACAAACAGAGGCACGACGGGGUCUUCCUCAUCAGAGAGAGCGAGAGUGCACCAGGAGACUUCUCUCUCUCUGUGAAGUUUGGAAACGACGUCCAGCACUUCAAGGUUCUUCGCGACGGGGCCGGAAAGUAUUUCCUAUGGGUGGUGAAGUUCAACUCCCUCAACGAGCUGGUGGACUACCACCGCUCAACCUCGGUCUCUCGCAAUCAACAAAUCUUUCUGCGAGACAUAGAGCAGGUCCCCCAGCACCCGACAUAUGUGCAGGCGCUCUUUGACUUUGACCCCCAGGAGGAAGGAGAGCUGGGUUUCCGACGCGGAGACUUCAUCCAAGUCCUGGACAACUCCGACCCCAACUGGUGGAAAGGAGGCUGCCACAGCGCAACGGGCAUGUUCCCCCGCAACUACGUCACGCCUGUCAAUCGGAACAUGUAAAACAGUCAGACCAUGUAAACAACAACAACAACAACCACCACAACAGCAAACAUCACCACCACCACCACAACCACCAUCAUCAUUCUUGAUCUCAUCAGUCCCCCCCCUCCAUCCAAACCCCCCCAACCACCCUCCCUCCACCCCUCUUUCGCCAUCCCACGAGAACAGGAGCAGACAGGAAGAACGCAAACAACCGAAAGAGAGAGAGCUAAAGCAGGAGUAGUGCUGUCGUAGGCGUCGCUGUGUGGGUGGCAGCUGAGACAAACACCAACUUUUUACUCGCGCCGAGAACGUUCACCUCCCCAGUGAGAACGUUCAGCGCGAGUGAGCGCCUCGGCGAGGAUUUGAACUGUCUUUGAGGGAAAUCUAAAUGCAGAGAAACUAAAGAGUAGAGCACCAACCCGUGAAGAUAACCAAAUGAUUUCUACCGCUCCCACAGCUGCUUCCGUCUUCUCCUUAACUUCUUAACAUUCUGCCUUUUCUUUUGUGUUGUUUUUUUUUUUUUUUUUUUUUUUUUUUUUGCCGCAUGUUGUUUUUAAUCACCUAAAUGAAAUGCCUACCGAUAAAUCCUAACUCUGUUUUUAAAAGAAAAAAAAAAAAGGAUAAAAAAAAAUAUAAAAAAGGAAGAAAUGGUUUUAAAAAAUGUACAAAAAAGAAGUAAAAAGAUGCAAUCUACAGUACAGCAAGUUUCCAUGUCUAAGAUCAUUGGCACGUGAGCAUUGUACAUCAGCCGUCGGCUGUAUAAAUAAAUCAACUAUAGAGAGAAUCCAUUUUUUAAGAAUAUAUAUUAUAUAUUUGUAUGUGUUUGUCUGUUUUACCUCUCAUCACAAAUUGUAUUUUUUUCCAUUUGUAAAUUAUGUUCAAUCUUUUUGUUAGUCUGGAUAAGACCUAGUAGCUCUAGGAUGUGCUGAAUUGUCAGUCUUUGUUUUCUGAAUCGAUCUGAGGGCUCUCGGAUAAUACAGCAUGAUAUUUAAGGGGUCAUAAAUUCCAUCUUGAGGAGGUUUCUCUGAGUUCCCUGAGAAGAGACCAACCCUGUCAGGAAGCUACCGUUGACCAGCAAGUAGAGCCAUGAAUGCUGCAAAGAGCUGUUGUAUUACAAAGCCCUGUAUAAAAAGGUCAGCCACCUUUUUCAAAAGCCAAUGUAUUUAUUGCAGCCAUUUGACUUGGGCAGUGAAUGUAGCUGACUUGAGUCCACAGACAUUAACAUGAGGGAAGCAAGGUCGGAGAACUGAACUACACAAACCAUGCAAGGGAUUUAAAACAACAAAAAAAAGAAGAAGCUGAAACAAGUGAUGUUGUCAAUAUUCAUUGAAGAGAGAGUGGUGUAUGAGGAUAUGUACAGGUAGUCCACAUGCAUAUUCACAAACAUUCAUCACAUGCAUGCAUACGCAGACGCUCUCCUCCUUGUUAUACCUGCACGUAGCAAAGAGGCUGAGUUUGGAUAAUCACGUUGUGUAAUCACCAGUGCAGAUCCGCAGCUGGCACAGAUUAACAGUUCAGAAAAACUGAGAGAUUGUCUUUUAUGCUAAAAGUUGAGAGAUCAGCUUAAAUGAUGUAUUUUUUCUUUUUUUUUCUUUUGUCCAAUGUGGCGUGUGGUCAAGCACUUUUUUGUUAAACAUUUUUUGAUUUCUGGUCCAGUGUGUCUGUGUGUGUUUGUUUACUGUGUUUUGUGUUACUGCUUUCUGUUUUUCUUGUUCUCUCUGGAUAGUGCCUUUCUCUCUGGUGUUUCAGUGUCUCCGACCUGCUACUUUGAGCCCCCCCCCCCUUCCCCAUCCCCUUUAUGGGGCCUGCCAGUCCUGCAGUGUGAAACAGUGUAC